AUGUCCACCACAACAAACCCCCCGCCAAACGGCGCCGCAAAGAAGCCCAAUGGAAAGAAAGAGAUCAAGAUCCUCAUGCUUCACGGAUACACCCAAUCCGGUCCCCUCUUCCGCUCAAAGACCCGCGCCCUCGAGAAACUAAUCCUCAAAUCCCUCGCCCCCUUCAACCUCGCCACCGCCCUCAUCUAUCCCACCGGGCCCACGAAGCUCUCCCCGCGCGACAUCCCGGGCUACGAGCCCCCCGCCGACGGCGAGGAGGAGGUCGAGCUCGACGCCUGGGCCUGGUGGCGCAAGGACGAGGCCUCGGGCACCUACCGCUACCUCGACGCCGGCGUGCGCGCCGUCGCCGCCGCGAUCCGCGAGGCGGGCGGCAACGUCGACGGCGUCGUCGGCUUCAGCCAGGGCGCCGCCUUCGCGGGCCUGCUGACCGCCAUGUUGGAGACGCCGCACCGCGACGUCCCCGAGGAGAUGCGGCCCUGGGUGCAGGAACUGCGGGAGGCCAACGGCGGGAAGCCAUUCAAGUUUGCGGUGAUGUACUGUGGCUUCUUUGCGCCGCCUCCGGAGUUGCAGUGGGCGUAUGAGCCGAAGAUCAAGACGCCCACGCUGCACUUCCUGGGAAGCUUGGAUACCGUUGUUGAGGAGUCGAGGAGUCAGGGGUUGGUGGAGAGGUGCGAGGAGCCUAUGGUUGUGGUCCAUCCCGGCGGACAUUACGUGCCCAUCUCCAAGGAGUGGGCUAUGCCGCUGAUUGGGUUUAUCAAGAAGAUUGCGGACGAGGAGGCGGCGAAGAGCAAGGUCUGA